GACUGGAAACGUAUUCCCACUGAACGCAGACUUCCGGCGGAAGGGAAAGUGGGUUCCGCUCUCUGCCCGAAUGGGCUCCAGCUGGCUCCCGCGUGAAACUUGCUUAUCUGAGAAGGCACACUUCCAAGGACAGGGAUGGCUUUUGAGCAGACACUCCAAAAGGAUUGGUACAGCAUUCUGGGGGCAGACCCGUCUGCAAAUGUGUCAGACCUAAAACAAAAAUAUCAGAAACUCAUAUUACUGUAUCAUCCAGAUAAACAAAGUACAGAUGUACCAGCAGGAACCAUGGAUGAACGUACACAGAAGUUCAUUGAAAUUGAUCAGGCAUGGAAAAUUCUAGGGAAUGAAGAAACCAAAAAAAUGUAUGACCUGCAGCGGCAUGAAGCUGAGCUAAGACGUAUGGGGCCAGUAGAUGCACAGGUGUACCUUGAAGAUAUGUCCUGGAACAAAGAUGAUGAGUCUUUCUCUCUGACCUGCCGAUGUGGUGGAAAAUACACUGUCUCUAAGGAUGAAGUAGAAGAAGUGAACCUGAUUUGUUGUGAUACGUGCUCACUGAUUGUAGAACUCCUUCAUCAGCAAUGAACUGUGCAUUCCUUCGAUCCUUUAACAUGGAUCCAGCAUGUCCAGAGGCCACUCAGUUUCAAGGAGACAGAUGCUUUCUUACUAGCUGUAUAAUUUACUAAGAUAAUAUAAGAUCUUCAAGCAAAGACCACUUCAGAUUAACAAAUUAAUUCAGUUGUUUACAUGUAUAAUUACAGGAUAUCACAAAAAGGACUUGGAAUAUACUUCUGGAUUUUUACCUGACUUUUGUUUUCUCCUUGGUACAAAAUAUUUCUUAUUUUUAUAUAGUUUGUAGUUUUUAUUUUUUAUAGUUUAUUCUUUAUAGUUACUAAGGGUUUUGUUUUUUGUUUUAAUCGCGCGCACGCGCGUGUGUGUGGCAAUAAGUGAGUCUGUGAAGAGUUGAUUUUUCUCUUCUUCUCCUAUGUGGGUCCUCAGGCUGUGGUAAGUGCCUUUACCUGCUGAACCAUCUAGCUGUCCCCAAUUAUGAAGUUGUUGAUGUAAAAGAUGAUGUUUUUAGUUACUGAAAUUUUUGCAUACUGUAUACCAAUUUCAAAUUUGCAGGCAUUUAAAUAAGAUUAGGAUUUUGUGAACAAAGUGUGAGCCCAGCUCUACUCUAAACAAGGCUGGAUAGGGAUCACUACAAAUGUAUUUCAAAGCUAGUAAAGAGGACCAAAUGUCAGAGAACUGACGGCAAUGGGCUGGAGGUGCCACACCUACAUGAGCUCUUUGUAUGUAACACUGUGUUUACAGUGUGGAGAUGAGUUCACUUUCCCAACACUGAGGGGCCCUUGUGGAGCACCUCUGAUUUCUGUGGUCUAACUCUUGGUGUUGUCAGAAGAGCGUAGGCUCGGAAUGCUGGUGUCUGACUUCUGUAAAGGCAGCUGACACAUGAGGCGCACUUGAGAGCAGAUUGCUUUCACUGUACAGACACCACCAAAGUUCAAAUGUCAGGCAGUCAUCAAGCUUCUCCCCCAAGAUAGGUUUAUGUCAUAAAAUUUAGAAAGAAAACUCGUUUGGGAUUUUUAUCCAAAUACUUUCAAUUAAUGUAUUUUGCAGAAUGUGAUGUUUACUUUUACAUUUAAUUAAAAACAUAAGUAAAACUGA